AUGCUGCGUCUAGCUCUGCUCCCUCUCUUUACCGGAGCAGCCCUUGCGGCCACUGGCGAUGCCACCUUGACCAGCACGGGAUGUGCCGACUCCUCUGGCUUUGAGAGCUGUCAAAAGCAAGCCAAUGACAAGCUCAGCUCAUGCAUUGCCCAGGCCAAAAAGGACAACAGCCAGCAGGAAAUCCUGGCUUGCGGCUGUCAGAACUACGUCGACAAUUACAACUGCUAUUCUGCUUCUUGCUGGAACCGCGUCUGGGAGUGUGAGUAUCAGGAAUACAUCAUCGACUACUUCCUCAACUGCCCCAUCGCGAAGCUGCCUGUGCCCUAUUUCCCUGCGCCUAACAAGGCUCCCGAUGCGUGCUCUUGCAACGUCGGCAAGGUCUUCCUCGCAAUUCAAGAUGCCAUACAGGAGACGGCGACAUGCUCCAACAAUGCCGACUCGGAAGACGCCAGCAGCAAUCUGCAGCGGAUCCAAGGGUGCGACUGCUGUGAGAUUAGCGGUGCCCUCUCAAGUCUUUACAAUAUCUGUCCCGACACCGAUCCCAAACUCAUCGGACUCUCAACUGUCUCUCAGCUUCAGUCACAGCUCAACACUGACUUCGACUCAUGCGGUUCCUAUAUGGAUACGUACGACUGCGUCAAUGAUCUGGGGUACUCACUUGAUGGAGUCAGCAAGUAUUACAAGCCGACGGAUAGCGUGCCGAGUGGAACGGCGACGCUCAGCAAUGCGGCUGGAACCGUGACGGCACCUGCUAGCGGCACUGUCUUUUCCUAUACCAACGGAGGCGAUGGCACCGUUUAUACGAUUACCGCUAUUGGCCAUGCGUCGGGUUCGGGUUCAGGUUCAGGUUCUGGGUCUGAAUCUGGAGGAUCUGACGGCUCAGACUCAAGCGGUUCACAGAUUACCGGCUCCAGCGGCGCAGCCGCGCUGACUGCAACUUCGCAAGGAAGCGCCACCGCCGCGAGUCCAACCAAGACCGGAUCCAAGAGCGGUGCUGGUGUGGCUGCUGCAAGCCUCUUUCUGGUAGCAGUGGCAAUGGUCGUGCCCCUGGUCGCUUGUUUCUAG